AUGUAUGACGUACCUAGUAGUAUCUCUGGUGAGAGAUUUAUUGUAGGACAACAAAGUGUGAAGGCUGAUGUCAGUUUAGCUGAUCAAUUAGUAAUUGGCGGAGCAAGAGUAGAAAAGACACUUCAGGAUCUGAAUUGUAGAUAUCAAACACUAUUUUUUUUAGCAUCUGGAGCUUCUGCAUCAGCUGGGAUUCUUGCAGCUUUAAAUUCAAUUUUUGGUAUUCAUCCAGCAAAUUUGAUUAAUUCUAUGUUUCAAUUUAUAUUUGGAGUAUUAUUAAUGAUUCUCGAUGUACCAGGUAGCCCUAGAUGGUCUUCUAAAGGUCGCUCAUUGAUUCGUAGAGAGCUUCGGUUUCUUACUCAUUUAACAGGAAAGAGUUUAUGCUUAUUAUUUUUAAGUUGUUUAACUUCUACAACUUUGUGGCCUCAAAGAAGAGGAGCUGGAUUAUUAGCUUUGGUUGCAUUUUUAACAUCACUUACAGUAGCUGGGGUGGCUGCAAUUGGAUUAUUAAUUGCACUUCAAAAGAGUGUUAGACUUGAGAGAGUUCGUAGAAAUAUUGUUACUACUAAAACGUCAACUGUUGCAGAAGUAUACAGACGUUAUGCUAUUGCAGAUCCUGUAUAUGGCAUGCAAUUUGAAGAAUUUAGUAGAAUGGCUGCAGAUUUUACAAAUGGUCGGCAGCAAUUCGGUGUGACUGAUUUAAGUAUUAUCUAUAAUGCUUUGGAUGAUAAUCAGAAGAGUGGAAUAAAUGAACGUGAAUUUACUGAGUGGAUCAAUGGUUCUACUGUAUAUCUAUAA